CUAAUCGCGCGCUGUUUAGUUAUUGUUAAAAAAAAACCGCAUCGUUUGCAUGCAAUUAAUUACAAUCCGGAAUGAACCGUCGCAAAUCAACUCACGUCUCUAAGUUGGACGACAAUCCGGUCUUGAUAAGUUCCGGCGAUGAGUACAGUGCCUCCUCGCGAUCGUCCCGCAGCAGCAGUAGGACAAAAAGUUCGGUAUCGUCCGGUAAGCAACAACCGGAAAUGAUAGUGCCCUCCGAACCGGAAGAACUGAAUGAAGAGAAGGAAGCAGAUAAAUCGGUCCGGGAAGCUCUACGGCGGCGUUCGACGCGACAUCGGUCGCCAAACAAGCGGUACACCAAGGAUUUUGUCGUUCAAGGUACGCCCAAGAAGAGAGGUCGUCACAUACCAACCGACGAUUCGGAAGACGAUGAUGACGAUCGAGCGGGGGAAGGAACUUUGGAUUCCGAGGAAGAGAGUCAACUGGAUGAGCUAGUAGGUAAGGUUAAGGCGACAACCCUGUUCGAGGAUCGUAUGGACGUGGAAGGGCAGAAGAUUUACGGUUUCAAGACACCGAAGAAGAGGAGCUCAAUGAGCGUUCUGGUGUCGAGUUUGCAGCACCGGGUGACUCCUUCUGCUAGAACACCCAGCAGGAAAAGUGCCAGUAAGCUGGUCGGAACACCAAAGACCCCUAAAACACCAAAAACGGCGGACAAGAGGAAGAGCAAGCUGGAUUUGGCCAAAACUCCCCACCGGGUGAGAAGCAAGCUGAAAAAGAAUAUAACAAAAAUGGUUCAGAACGAUUCCGGGUCGGACUUUUCAGCAAGUGAAAGUGACUUUGUCCCUUCAUCGGAAGAAGAGGAAGACGAUGAUGAGGAUGACGACGACGACGACGACACUGAGGAAGAGGAAGAAGAAAAACCGAAACGUCCCGUCAUUCGCAAUCAGUUAGCUUCGAUCAGUAUUGCUCCGGGAAAAGCUUCUGCCUCUUCGACGGCUGCAACGCGGGUUAGCAGUCGGAUCCGAAGAGGCAAGAAGGCGGACCUGAACUAUGUUCUGCAGAGUAACGAGUAUUUCUCGUCGCACAGCUCGUCCAAAGUCGUCACAUCGGAUUCCACUUUGGAUCGCUUGAAUACUCCUCGUUUGCCACACGACCACCUGUUUCGUUUGCUGAAGGAACUUCGCGGUUCGACGGAACAUCAGAAAGCCAUUCAAGAACUGCACGACGAGUACGAAGGCUACUUUACCAAGUGGCUCUUCCUGAUGAAUGAAGGUUACAACAUUCUGCUAUACGGGUUGGGUUCCAAGCGAAAUCUCCUGCAGGCCUUCCAUCGGAAAGUGCUUGCCAACCAACCGGUGAUCGUGGUCAACGGAUUCUUCCCGACACUGACCGUCAAGGACAUUCUCGAGGCGAUCACCUGUGACGUUCUCGAUCUCAGCGUCCACAGUGCCAAUUUCCACGAACUAGUGGACAUAAUCGAAGAGGAGUUCAGCUACCUCCCAGACACGCACCUCUUCCUGAUCGUUCACAAUCUAGACGGGACCAUGCUCCGAAACAGCAAAGCCCAAAACAUCCUAGCUCGUUUGGCGAAAAUCGAUAAUAUCCACUUGCUGGCCUCAAUCGAUCACAUCAACACCCCACUGAUCUGGGACUCGUCCAAGCUGAGCUACUACAACUUCUCAUGGUGGGACGUAACGACGAUGUUGCCCUACUCGGACGAAACCGCUUUCGAGAAUUCGCUGCUGGUGCAGAACUCCGGCGCCCUGGCUCUGUCCUCGAUGAAGAACGUAUUCCAAUCGCUGACGUCCAACUCGCGGGGCAUCUUUCUGGCCAUCGUGCGACACCAAUUGGUCAACAAGGGCAACCCGCACUAUCCGGGAAUGCCGUUCAAGGAACUGUAUUCCAACUGCCGGGAGGCGUUCCUCGUCAGCACGGAUCUGGCCCUGAGGGCCCAGCUGACCGAGUUUACCGAUCACAAACUGGUCAAGGUGAAGCGGACCGUCGACGGGGCGGAGAAUCUGCUGAUUCCGAUCGGAGCCGGGCUUUUGCAGCAGUUUGUCGAAGAGAAUGAAGACAAGUAAGAGGGUAAGUUAUUUAAUUAUUUUUCUAAGUAG